CCUCACGACAACGUUGAGCCACUUUUUCAACGUCAGGCAAACUGGUGAGAUCGACCAAGGCGAGGUGGUACCUAGCUGAUCACCCCAACAUAUGAGCGUGGCUUCACCUGGACCACUCUCUGAGAUUGCAUCGCUAGGGAGGAGUCACAGCGACCCCUUGUUGGUGCGUCCAUGAUCGAACGAGUCUGUGGAAUCGUGAAAGCUUCCCAAUUGCGGAGAUGCGGGUCAUUGCGCGCCAAGCCUCCGAUACAGGCCGCGACUUCCCUUUUAACCAAAAAUUCUGCUCCCCACGAGCUCCUCUUUCACAAAAUGUCUCCGUACGCAGUAACCGCUCAGCACCUGCCGAGGACAUCCACGCCUCUUCACCACGCGACUCGAGUUUGUGCACGUUGCGCAAAUCAGGCCGCUGGUCGAGCUCCCAGUGUCGACUUUCACUACACUUGAACGCGUUGCGCUCGCGCGCAGACCUUACCUGAUGUUAGACUUGCGACAUUCGAAUGAGCGCACAAUGACUUUCUGAUUGAUACCACACCCC